UUUCGUGGUGUACGGCAUUUAUUUAUUACUGGUGGGUCAGCAGUACUUUUCGUUGAACGUCAAGGAAGUAAAUUGUGAUAAAGAAUCUCUUCAAGAAUCGUGUGACCGCUAGAAAACUAUAUUUAAAAACCGCGUCAUGUCCGGUUUAAUUGUCCAUGAUUAUUAACCGGUGAAACGGCCGAGCAGUCACUAUGUGUAAAUAACAGUAAAAAGUGUAAACAUAACCCUCUGUGUGCAUAACAGUUUAACAAUAUAGCUACCGGCUUCAGAUCUACGGAUCUUGAAAAUUGAAUGAAAAUGGUCGACUCCGACGAAGAUAACGACAGGGACAUGGACGUGGGAAUGAAUAUGACAGGCUUUCUAUUUGGAAAUAUAGAUGAGGAUGGGCAACUCGAGGAUGACAUACUAGACUCCGAGGCUAAACGACACUUGGCUUCCUUGGGGCGACUUGGCUUGGGCUCGUUACUUCAGGAAAUGAUAUCCAUGGAUACCAAAGAGAACGCCGAAAAAGAUGACGGCGAAACUACGGAUGAAUUUGGGAAUGUCAAAGAUCCCAAGCCUGAGCAGGAUGACGGCAACUACUCAGAAAAGUCUCCGAGUGCCUUGGAUUUCUCUGAUAUCAACGAAUUGGCUGACGAUCUCAAUGAGGACAACGCCGAUAAUAAUACCAAGAAAAAUGACAAGGAAACCAGCGAUUACGAUGCAGAUGACGAGGAGGGAGUAAAUAAGUCUGAUAAACAGCUGAUGCCUCCUCCACCGAUCCCUGAAGAAAAAGAAGCCCUGACUCCCGAGGAAGCUGAAGCUGCGCGUCAACGAAAAUUAGAAACACCUCUGGCUUCUAUGCUGCCUUCAAAAUAUGCUAACAUAGAUGUCACGGAAUUAUUUCCAGAUUUUCGCCCCAACAAGGUACUCAGGUUCUCGCGACUCUUCGGUCCUGGAAAGCCCAGUAGUCUGCCGCAAAUUUGGCGUGGUGUCCGGAAACGGAGAAAAAAGAAAAAGCAUCACGACCCCAAAGACUCGGACUCAGGAUCGGAUCAUGAUGAGAGAAGACCCAAGUUUAAGGGAUGGAAGUUGCAUUACGCUCCAGAUCCGUCGCCAGACCAAUGCCGUUCUAACGACGAAGAGAAGCUACUACUUCCCGUAGAAGACAAAGAGCAGACGGGGAAAACAGGAGAUACGGGAGACAGCAGUGAUAUGGGACCAAAAGUUGCUGACUGGCGUUUCGGUCCAGCUCAGAUCUGGUAUGACAUGUUGGAUGUUCCGGAAACCGGAGACGGUUUCAAUUAUGGUUUUAAAUUAUCGGAGAAAAAGGAAGAUGAAAUCAAGUCGCAGGACGAUGAAAUAUUUCCCGACGACUCGUUUCUUAUGGUGUCCCAGUUGCAUUGGGAAGACGAUGUCGUUUGGAACGGCGAUGACAUCAAGCAUAAAGUGAUGCAAAAAUUGAAUAGUAAAAAUAACGCGGCAGGUUGGGUUCCGUCGAGUGGGAACAGGACAGCGCAGGCAUUUAGCCAGCCAGGUAAGGGAGCGCCUGUGCCUGUAGCUCCCAACGUCAGACUUGCCACAUCUCAAAUAACGACGCCUUUGCACAUGCAGUCGAAAAACAAAAUUGUAUCGUCGGGUAAAAGUGGACAACAGCAGCAAAGGGAAGAAAAUUACGACGAUACGUGGUACUCCAUUUUCCCAGUAGAGAAUGAGGAGCUCGUCUACGGGCUCUGGGAAGACGAAGUUAUCUGGGAUGCCGAACAGAUGACCAAAAUACCAAAGCCAAAGAUCCUCACUCUUGAUCCGAACGACGAAAAUAUUGUUCUGGGUAUACCGGAUGACAUCGACCCCGCUUUGCUCCAUAAAGACAACGGACCCCAACCGAAAGUAAAAAUACCUCAUCCCCACGUGAAGAAAAGCAAACUCCUUCUGGGUAAAGCAGGUGUGAUCAAUGUCCUCGAAGAAGACGCACCUCCUCCGCCGCCGAAGUCUCCCGACAGAGAUCCGUUUAAUAUUUCCAACGACUCUUACUACAUGCCUCGAUCCUCGGAAACAACUCUGCGCCUCAAGGUCGGCGGUGGCAAUUUGAUUCAGCACAGCACACCGGUAGUAGAACUGAGAGCACCCUUCGUGCAGACUCAUAUGGGACCCAUGAGACUGAGAAAUUUUCAUCGACCUCCGUUGAAACGCUUCAGUCAUGGACCACUCUCCCAUCCUGGUCCUCACAGCGUCUUGCCUCUGCUCAAACACAUUAAAAAGAAAGCUAAGCAACGGGAACAGGAAAGAAUCGCUUCGGGAGGUGGGGAUGUCUUUUUUAUGAGAACUCCGGAAGACUUGACGGGAAAGGACGGAGAGAUCGUCCUCAUCGAAUUUUCCGAGGAACAUCCACCCCUGAUGAACCAAGUCGGUAUGUGUUCCAAGGUCAAGAAUUAUUACAAACGAAGGGCAGGGAAAGACCAAGGCCCUGUGCGGUACAAGUAUGGGGAAAUCGCGUACGCGCACACCAGUCCUUUCUUGGGGAUCCUGACGCCCGGUCAAAGUAUACAGGCUAUCGAGAACAACAUGUACAGAGCCCCGAUUUACGAACAUAGCAUUCAAGAGACUGACUUCCUGAUAAUAAGAACAAGGCAACAAUAUUUUGUGAGAGAGGUGGACGCCCUAUUUUGUGCAGGUCAAGAAUGUCCACUGUACGAAGUCCCGGGUCCGAAUUCGAAACGAGCCAACAAUUUCGUCAGGGAUUUUCUCCAAGUUUUUAUCUACAGACUAUUUUGGAAAUCUCGGGAUACCCCGAGGAGAAUUAAAAUGGACGAUAUCAAGAAGGCUUUCCCAUCGCACAGCGAAAGCAGCAUAAGAAAAAGAUUGAAGCUCUGCGCAGACUUCAAACGGACAGGGAUGGACUCAAACUGGUGGGUGAUCAAGCCGGACUUUAGAUUGCCAACCGAAGAGGAAAUCAGAGCUAUGGUUUCGCCCGAGCAGUGCUGUGCCUACUUCAGUAUGAUCGCUGCCGAGCAGCGAUUGAAGGAUGCUGGCUACGGUGAGAAAUUUCUGUUCACUCCACAAGACGACGACGAUGAAGAAAUGCAACUGAAAAUGGACGACGAGGUCAAAGUUGCACCGUGGAACACCACCCGUGCCUACAUUCAAGCGAUGAGAGGAAAGUGUCUCCUACAGCUCGCCGGACCUGCUGAUCCCACCGGCUGUGGCGAGGGAUUUUCUUACGUCAGAGUGCCCAAUAAACCAACAAUCAGUAAAGAAGAACAGGAAGCGCAGCCAAAGAGAACGGUGACUGGUACCGACGCAGACUUACGAAGACUCUCGCUCAACAAUGCGAAGGCGUUGCUGAGGAAGUUUGGUGUCCCUGAAGAGGAGAUAAAAAAACUUUCUCGAUGGGAGGUUAUCGAUGUAGUGCGAACACUGUCGACCGAAAAAGCCAAAGCCGGAGAAGAGGGUAUGACUAAGUUCUCUAGAGGCAACAGAUUCUCGAUAGCCGAGCAUCAGGAAAGGUACAAAGAGGAAUGCCAGAGAAUCUUUGACCUUCAGAAUCGCGUUUUGUCGUCCAACGAGGUCCUCAGUACCGACGAGGGUGAGAGCUCUGACGAAGAUAGCUCCGACAUAGAGGAGAUGGGUAAAAACAUCGAAAACAUGUUAUCGAACAAAAAAACGAGCACUCAGUUGUCCCUUGAAAGGGAAGAACAGGAGCGGCACGAGCUCAGAAAAAUGAUAAUGGGUGACAUGCAGGAGCAGGAUAAGAAGAGCAAAGAAAAAAAGAAAGACGACGAAGACGAUGGCAUGGUUAAUAACUAUGGAACGCAGCAGGGCAGAGUCCUGAAGAUAUACCGAACAUUCAGGAACCCUGAAGGGAAAGAAUUCACCAGGGUAGAACUCGUGAGGAAACCAGCUGUCAUAGAUACUUACAUAAAAAUAAGGAAUUCCAAAGACGAGACUUUCAUCAAGCAAUUCGCAACCUUGGACGAAGCGCAGAAGGAAGAGAUGAAGCGGGAGAAGAGAAGGAUCCAGGAGCAGCUGCGGAGAAUCAAGCGAAAUCAAGAACGGGAACGAAUGCUGGGCGGCCCUGUGCCGAAUCCAUUCGGUUCAUCUAACCUCUUCGAGCGUUCGUCCUUGAACACCCCGACUACUUCGUCCUCCAGCGUCCUUCCAUUAAGUAAUUUCCAGUCCUCUACUCUGUCCUCUAAACAUCCGAAGCCUGAAGUAUCCCCCUCUAAACGUAAGAAACCUAAACUUAAACCAGACUUGAAACUAAAAUGUGGUGCUUGUGGUAAUGUAGGGCAUAUGCGCACCAACAAGGCAUGUCCCCUUUAUCAGAACAGCAUGCCUACCGCUCCGGUCAAUGUGGCUAUGACGGAGGAGCAGGAGGAAGAAAUCGAGAAGCAGCUUAACACCGACGAUCAGGAUCUGGUGAACGUCGAUGGAACUAAAGUAAAACUCUCUUCGAAGCUCAUAAAGCACGCCGAAGAGAUGAAGAGGCGCACUUUGCUACUAAAAGUGCCCAAGGAGGCUGUCGGGGCGCGAAAACGUCGCCGUGCUACCGGAGACGAUCAUUGCGAUUAUCUCAAGAGACAGCAGCGACCAGCCAACAGGCGCAGAACUGACCCGGUCGUCGUCAUGUCCACGAUGUUAGAAAGUAUUCUGAACGAGAUGCGAGAUCUGCCGGAUGUUCAGCCGUUCCUAUUUCCAGUGAACGCCAAAGCGGUUACGGAUUAUUACAAAAUCGUUCAACGGCCUAUGGAUUUGCAAACCAUAAGGGAGAACUUGAGGCAGAAGAAAUACCAGAGCAGGGGAGAAUUCUUAGCUGACGUUAACCAGAUCGUUGAAAAUUCAACGCUCUACAACGGUGCUAAGAGUUCGUUGACCGUAGCUGCCAAACGGAUGCUGGAUACCUGCGUCGACAGGUUAGGCGAGAAAGAAGAUCGUCUAAUGAGGCUCGAAAAAGCCAUCAAUCCAUUGCUGGACGAUAACGAUCAAGUCGCACUGACAUUCAUCCUUGACAAUGUAAUAAACAAUAAAUUAAAGUCCAUGACCGAGGCUUGGCCGUUCCUCAAGCCGGUCAACAAAAAGCUAGUGAAAGAUUACUACAAUGUUAUCAAAAGGCCGAUAGACUUGGAAGCGAUUUCCAAAAAAGUUACAGCUCACAAGUAUCACAGUCGACACGAGUUCCUCAGAGAUAUCGAACAGAUAUUGGAAAACUGUACGGUCUACAAUGGAAAAGAUUCGCCAUUCACGCUCAAGGCAGAAGCCCUGGUAAAAGUUUGCAAAGAAACGUUGGAAGAGUACGACGACCAUCUAACGCAACUCGAAGGAAAUAUCACGCUGGUGCAACAACGGGCUAUGGAACAAGCAGAUAUCGAUUCAUCGUGGCUUGGUCCAGACGAAGAGAAUUAUACCAUCGCUGAACCUGAGUUUAGAGGAAGUCAAACUAGUUCCCCUGAUAAUCCAUUCGGAAAGUCAAUGAUGGACGAUUUUGAUUUCGUCGACGUCGAAGGUGACAUGGAUGGAGAAUUGGGGCGCAGUGGGCGCGCGAAGAAAAAAGACGUCCUCGAAGAAGAUCUCCAAUUCUCAAGCGAAGACGAAUUCGACGAAGUACCGUUUGGAACCGACGAACAAUUGGAGCAGACUGAGAUGGAGACGUUAGAAGUAAACGAAAUGAGAGAGUCCAAUGAAGUACCCGCCGACGACGACAGUCAACAGGCUGCGGAAGCUAUGGUUCAGUUGGGCAACGUAGGAUUUUACACCGGAGAACAACAGCUCCUCCAACAAGAGGAGAGUAUGGACGUCGAUCCGAAUUACGACCCGUCCGAUUUCCUGCUCGCUGGUUUGCCGUCCCGAGAAGAGAAGGUCGUUGAUAAGAUUCAGGACGACUUGGCCGUCUCGGAAAGCGACGAGGACACUCAGAAUAAUCCGUUGGAAACAAAACCGGAAAUGGACGCACAACCGGACGAAGAUGAGGGAGGAGAUUUGUGGUUCUGAGUCGUGACUAGUUUGGAAAGACAUCUCUUGUCGCGUCGCUUGACGGGGACGGGCUACAGCAAUUGGUGGCAAUCGGCCAUUCAAAAAUUUCAUUUCAUUCAAAAAUUGAGAACGCUGAACUGCGUAUGUUGACACCGUAGAUCUCCACGCACCUAUCACAAGAUGUGGUCGAUGAUAUUAUUACAAUCAAAGUGUACAUAUCCCAAUUAUAUCUGCUGAUCAUUGGAUUCAUAAUAUUGUGAAGAUAAUAUCCUCGUUGGGAUUGACGUGGAGAUUCAAAGUGGCUCAGAUGAGCCGUCGUGAUAUUGUUGAGAUAAAGCUAGGAGAUAUACUAAUCAAAUUAACCGAUCAGAUAUAGAGCGUAAGGUGUAAAAAUAUAUGAACAUACAGUAGCAAAAGACAAAUAUACAAUUUUUAUCGAGUAAAUGAAAAAAUACGAAUAACUUCACAAAAAAUUUUUCGUCGGUUUUAGAGUAAGUUCAAUCAUAACAAAAAAAUCAGAAAAAUCCAUAUUCCCCCCAUACAUGUAAAUAUAUCAUUCUAAUAAAGAACGAAACUCUGAGGAGAUAACGAUUACUCUUUCGUUCUCCGGGAGUUGCAUUAAUAUACAGAUUCGUUUGUAGUUCCGAUGUAUUCGAUUCAAUUGUACAGUUAUUAUUUCCCCAUGUAAAUAUAUUGUGGCAAUUAUAUUGAGA